AUGAGUUACAGAAGAAAGGAGAAACUGGAAGAUGAGGUUCCUGCUAGUGAUAUACCAGCUGCUACUGGUAUCACACCCAGUGCCUUCACCCCAAAACCUGCUUUAAGUAGCCACAGUACAACUUCAAAGGAAGCAUUAGUAGCACGUUGGUCUGAAAUAUUGUUCUCAAAGCUUCAUUGGAAGGCUCUUUUAUCAAUUCUUUUGUUUUGGAUCGUGCUUAUUCACCAUUUUGAACGUUCUGUUCCAUGUAGUGCCAUGAAAUCGUGUCAAUGGAAUAAUUGGGAAAAGUGGGGGAAGCAUGCUAAACCUCAUAGAAUUGCCAUCAUUGCCGACCCACAACUUGUGGAUGCUCACACUUAUCCAGAGAAACCAUGGGUCUUCAACCACUUCAUUACUCGUAUUAGUGACAAUUUCUUGCACCGUAAUUACAAAUUUAUGCAAUCAUACAUCGACCCAGAUACUACCAUUUUCCUUGGUGAUCUUUUUGAUGGUGGACGUGAAUGGAAAGACGCUGAAUGGGUUGAAGAAUAUAAGAGAUUCAACAGAAUUUUCCCUCAAAAGCCUAACCGUCGUUCUAUUAGAUCUAUUCCAGGUAACCAUGACAUUGGAUUCCAAGAAAUUGAUAAAAAGGUGAGAGAUAGAUUUUCUGCCUUUUUUGGUGAACCAAAUGAUUAUAUUGAAAUUGGGAACCAUCUGAUUGUUCUUGUUGAUACAAUUUCUCUUUCGCACAAGGAUAAUGCUAUCAAUGCCGAUGCUAAGGAAUUUUUACGUACCAUUGAUCUUAAAUUAAACCCUCAAAUGCCACGUAUUUUGUUUAGUCAUGUUCCACUUUAUCGUGACAAUCAAAAACAACUUUGCGGUCCACUUCGUGAAAAAGGUGACCCAUUCCCAUUACAGGCUGGUAAGCAAUACCAAACUGUUCUUGACCAUGACGUCUCACAAAAAGUUUUAGCAAUGAUUGAACCUUCGGUUAUUUUCUCCGGAGAUGACCACGAUUACUGUCAUAUCAAGCAUAAAUACACUUUUGAUGGGUUUGAAAAAGAAGCAGAAGAAAUUUCUGUUAAAACUGCCUCUAUGACUUGUGGUGUUAAAUAUCCAGCCAUUCAACUUUUAUCAUUACAUAAUCCAUAUGAAGCUGGUAAGAGACAGACCAAAGACUCUCCUCCAAGUUACAAAACUAAGAUGUGUUACAUGCCAAGUCCAUAUUUUGCCCUUUAUUCUUAUAUUUUCUUUAUUGGCGGUCUGAUUCUUUUCCUUGCCUUGAUUUUCAUUGCUCCAAAGGUUCUUGUUUCACUUGUUAAUAAGAUUCCACUUGGUGGAAGUAAGAUUAAGGAAGACCUGCCAAGUUCCGAAUCUCGUUGGAAGUUUGCUCCAAGAUUACAAAAGGCCAUUGUUGAAGGAAUUGAAAUUAAGAGGGAUGUCUUAGCUUUUGCCAUCAACACUUUUGUUGCCUUGUGUAUCAUCUUCUAUUUGUUUGGAGUUUACGGCACUAACACUUAA